UUACUGAUAUAGUUUUGUAUCAUUUAUGCUUUAUACUUCUUGAAAAUCUAACAAAAAAAAAAAAGUGUUAAAUAAAAAACCACAGGAUGAAGAUGCUUAAAAACAAAAAGACCAUCCUAAAUGUAAACAUUAUGUAAUCUAUGAUGGUAUAUGUUUGCCUACGGCUGAUGAUAUAGAAUAUAGAGUUACAGGCUGCUUUGGCUCUGGACCUUGAGUGUUAUCUUAAUCCCUGCCUCAGUCAUACUCAGCCACUGUUAUGAACGUGUUAUGAAUGAGCACGGGUUAUAGUCAAUCAGACUAAGUCAGACCUUCUAUUGGUGGCCACCAUCCUAAUCCGGCACACAAGUUAUAUAAAAUAACCAUCCAAUCCACGUCACGCAGAGAAACCACUCCAAAGCUCGGCGGUCUGCUUUGUGUGUGUCUCACUAAGACUGAGAGGACUGGACUGCAGCAGCAUCAUGAUCGUGAUAGUGGACCUGCUGCUGAUGCUCAUCGACCUGACCUUCUCCAUCCUGAGCGCCAUCCUCCAGACCUUCCUCCGGCCGAGGCUGAAGAGUGUGGACGGAGAGCUGUGUCUGAUAACCGGAGCCGGAGGAGCGCUGGGUCGCCUGUUCGCUCUGGAGUUCGCCAGAGAGGGCGCUCAGCUGGUGCUGUGGGACUGCGACACGGAAAACAACGAGAAGACCGCCAAGCUCGCGCGGGAGCUGGGCGCGCAGGUGCACGCGUACACGGUGGACUUGUCCAAGCGCCAGACUAUCUACGAGACGGCGGACAGGGUGAGGGAGGAGGUCGGGGACGUGUCCAUCCUGGUCAACAACGCGGGCGUGGUGGCCGGACGGAGGCUGCUGGACUGUCCGGACGAGCUGCUGGAGAGGACGCUGCUGGUCAACUGCCACGCGCUGUUCUGGAUGACAAAGGCCUUCCUGCCUCCGAUGAAAGCAAAGAACCACGGUCACAUUGUAACCGUCGCCAGUGCUCUCGGACUAUUCAGCACUGCCUGUGUAGAGGAUUACUGCGCCAGUAAAUUUGGAGCCGUCGGUUUCCACGAGUCGCUGACGCACGAGUUGCUCGCAGAUGACAUGGACGGCAUCAAAACCACUUUAGUCUGCCCUUAUAUUGUAGACACAGGGAUGUUUGCAGGCUGUGAAAUCAGGAAGGAGCUUCGGGGUCUAAUUCCACCACUAGAGCCUCUCUACACCGUACAGCAGUCAAUGAAAGCCAUUUUAGCCGAACAGAACAUGAUCUGCAUUCCUCGCCUUAUGUACAUCCCCUUCCUAACACGAGCAUUGUUACCUUGGGAGGCAAACGUGGCAACAUAUCGCUUCAUGGGAGGUGACAAAUGCAUGCUACCCUUCAUCAAGAAUGUUGAACAGAAGACCGCCAACGGCUACAUCAAAUCCUAAGACCUCUCCGUCAGUCUGUCUUAUAACUUUGGACACCAAAGUCUCACACUGUAUAUUCUUCAUACAUGAAUUUGUCAUCUGAAGGGACAGCCCAAUGUCUGAGCCAUGCACUUUUUACAACGGGCUCAACUUUAUUAAGAGCCAUUGUUGCAUACAUGUCGGACCAUUUCUGGUUAUAAAUAACUGGAUCUG